AUGAAGGGGACACUGCUUGUGCUGGCAAUCCUGGUGACCCAUGAGCUGGGCAUCAAGAUGGCGGAAACUUGCCCCAUUUUUUAUGGCAUCUUUGGUACAGUGGUCAGCGGAAGUGAGCUACUCAUGAAUGCCGCACUCGACACAGUCAAGGCUACUGAACCAGAAAAAGCAGCCUUUGGAAAAAUCCAGGAUUGCUACAAGGAGAAUGGACUCACAUCUGUGCUCUUGGAUUCAAAAGCCAUGAUAUACAUCACCUUCAACAAAGACUGCCUCUGACCUACCAUCCUGAAACAUGUAGCAGUUUCCAAGCUGAACCCUUUGGAGAGAGGAAUCUUUGCCACUUAUGCGCCAUCUGAGCUCCAUCCGCCUGCUGUUCUCCUUUACAUCCAAAGCUGGAAUCCGGACACCUGUCCUCAUCUAAUUCACUCUUAAUCAGGCUGACUGUAAU